AUGCGUCCGUUGUUGGCGGAGCCGUCCGUCGACCUGUCGGCCGACUCGAAGGCGCUGGCGUUCGACAUGGCCGUGCGGCUGUGGCGCGUGGAGGUCGCUCUGGCCGCGCGGAAGCUGCUGUCGCUGGGCCGCGCCUACGACGUGCGCUACUCGCUGCCCAGCGCGGCCUUGGACGGGCUGAAGCUCGCGGACUUGGGCGUGCACGUGACCGCCAUCAUGAACUCGCACGUGUUCCAGGUGGACAAGCGGACGGACGAGCCGCCGCGCUUCCCCAUGGAGUUCGUGGACAAAGUGGCGGGCAAGUCCUCGGCCACGGACCCCAUCUGCACCGUCGAGGCGGACGACUACCUGGUGGGAAUGGGCGUCGAGGACUUUCUCGUCUGCCCGCGCAAGCUGAAGCAGGUGGAGAAGGACGUGGCGGCUGUGGGGGCGGAGGUCAGCAUCAAGCAGGAGCAGAGCAAAGGCUCCAGGAAGACGCUCGUGCUGCGCUUCGUGCGCAUGGGGGCGGCCGUGCGGGACGACCCGAGAGUCGGCCGCACGCCCGGGCGCGUCUUGCGCAUUCUAGACGAGCUGGACGCCCACCGCUUGCAGCUGUCCACACGCUACGAGCAGAUGAUCGCGCAGGAUCGACUGGCCGUGCAGCGUCUGCACUCGGCCAAGAAGCUGCUCAUGUACGUGAAGAUCAUGAGCCACGAGACGAGAAAGUCUGUCAUGGAGGACAGGAAGUUCCAGUUUGCCGCGAAGUUUCGAGAGUGGUAUGCGAAGAUUAAGAGAGAAAGCGAGGUGGAGGCAGUUGCCACAGCAGAUAAGGAUGUGGUGAUGGCCGGUGAGAAGGAGCUGGAGCAACCUGUGGAGGACAUGGCCAUCGACAUGAGCCCGGAGCAACCCGAGAACGACAGCUACAAUAGCAACCCUGCUCCAAAGUCGACCACACCGUCGAUCCUGCGUCAGAAUGGUUCAGCGUCUAGAGCGGCGAGGACCACGCCGAACAAACGAGUGACGUUUGCAUUGGAUGUACCGCCUGUGCAGACCACUACUGCUAAAGCUACGGCACCAACUUCAACUCCUCCUCCCCCGCAGCCUCCACCAGCACAGCAGAAGGAACCUGUUGCUCCUCCCAAGCCCAGAAGCUAUGGCGUGGAUGAAGGCCGAGCGUACCUGCUAGCUUUGAUCGGGCCGAACGUCGAUAUCGUGUCAACACUCCAGGAAUUAGCAACUGCUGUCCAAUCUGUAUCGUUGUCGACCAUGAGUAAGGAAUUUAAUGUGGCAGCUGGACUCAAGCUUCGGCGCGAAGUGCGCAUGGUUGGGCCAUCCCAGUAUAACGCUCGCGUCCGAUUAGGGCAUUUUCAAUUCGGCUUUUGUCCGGCCAAUGACACCCGGAAAGUGAAGGACGCCACCUUCAACUACCUGAUUACGAAAAAGAUUGUGCGGCUAUAUGAGAGGCCUGGUGGCAAUCCGGACAACAUUAUGUAUGAUGUAGUGGCUAACAUCCAAGAGUUUCCACUCGUUUGCAAGCGUGGUGCAUCGGUGCCUAGUACAAAAAGCGAAGCAGUCGAUGAGCUCCUGUCGUUCUUGAUGAAGCUGAUUGAUCAGUACGAAGAGAGCCUGAAACUUGAUCGCGUUGAACAAAUCAAGAACGAGUUUGAACCGACGAAGAUAGAAGUUGUUCAGCCUCACCAAGAUCGCGCUGAUCCCCACACCGAGGCGGACAACUACAAUGAAGCGGGUCAUCACGGUGGGAUGAAGAGUGCACAUGAACGCCCUGGCACUGGAAGCGUCGGAAAUGCUGAUUCAAGGAACGCAGAGUUGAGGUCUAUGGGCAUUCUGCGGAAGCGACACUAUGCGCCAAACACGGAUGAAAGUUAUGAGGAUGAGCGCGCUACUUCUCGUCCUCGCCUGGCAUAUUCAACCGGAGAACCAGAAACACUUCCGCAAUCAGAAAGAAGAUAUGCCGAACGGGAAGGCAACACCCUGUCUGCUGCGAGUACUGCGAACCUGUUUGUCGAAGAUCGAAGCGGCUCAGACCCCAGACAAGAUGCCCCUCCCCGUUCAGAAGAUGAGACCGCGAAGGCAAAGUCGGAGAUGUAUCAAGAGCUGCUGAAGCUUCUCUUCCGUGACCGUGAGGAAGUCGUAAGAUCUGUGAAAGGAAUUGUGUGGGACCUGCGAGUCAAGUCGGAAACGCUUCCGCUUUCGUCGACAUUUUCGGUAAUCGCUCUAACUGCAGGUCUCAUUGGGGUUCUGAACGUUGAUAACCUGAUAUGCCUACUGUGUUUCAUGUAUUAG